GAAACGUCAGUACACUUGCACACGCGACUCGAUGCCCAAGGAAGCGCGAUAUCCCGCUCUUGGUUAACUCGGACGAGGAUGUGCUUCGGUUCUCGGUGCUUCUACUUCUGAGAUGUGACUGUGCAAUUGAGAUGAUGAUGGCAUGUGCGACUUGGCUGUACUGCUAAUUCGGUGCAGUCGGCACUAUGUGGACGUUUUUCUGCUACUUCACGGUCCUCGCAGCGUGGAUCUUCGCGUACGAAAAGCGCAUCUUCGACGUAACGAACUUGCCUGUCCAAAGUAUCAUCAUCAAAUCUGGAGACAACAAAUCUCUUGCUUGUCCUGGAGUAAAUGAACACUCUCUAGUGUUAGCCUUAGAAUGGCUCUCCUUAAGUCACCACGUCAAGCUGGUGGAGUUCAUGAGUGAUUCCACCACGGUCUGGGAUAAUCAGCAUCGCAUCACACUUCUUCAGGAUACCUUCGGAUUAAGUUUCCACCCCGCAAUUGCCGAGGACAGUGGUGACUAUGUUUGCUUAGUUAAUAGCAGACCCAAGCCCGACGGAAUCGUUCGUCUCAUCGUUCAAGAUGUGCCGGAUGCGCCGGGUAGGCCUCUCAUCGUCAGCUUCACGUCUAGAUCGGUCAACCUCUCUUGGGCUCCCUCGCAAGACACGCAUCAUAGUCCGGUCACUCACUACAUCAUCCACACUCGGGUUGGCGAGAAUGGCGAAUGGAAUGUGAUAGAUGGAAUUCUUACUCCGAACAACGAGAGCAGUUACCAAGUUACAAGCUUGCACCCUUACACAGUGUACAGUUUCAGGGUGGUGGCAGUGAAUGCGAUGGGGGCCAGUCACCCAAGCAAAGAGUCCUAUUACAUGGUUACACUUCGAGAGGCUCCCGCGGGGAAGCCGACUAUCACAACUGCGCAUAAUACGUCGUCUACAGCGUUGCACAUCAGCUGGCGACCACCUCAUCAUGAGACCAUCCACGGAGAGUUCCUGGGCUAUCGCAUCGCGUAUCGUCCCAGGGACAGAGGAGACGAAGCUUUCAAAGAGAUAUACAUCCGGGACCCCACCGUCGAGAGCCACACCAUACAGAAUUUGGAGACCUACACCCAGUACUUGGUUUCGCUGCAGGUGUUCAACCCGGAAGGCCCCGGGCCGAACACCACGGUCCUGGUCAUGACGGACGAGGGAGUGCCCAGUAAGCCUCAAGACCUCACGGUCUUGGACAUCACGUCUGACACCAUCACGCUCAAAUGGACCCAACCUGAAAAACUCAAUGGGGCCAUCGAGGGCUAUCGGGUCUACUACCUGUACAACAACCUCACUGACAUGAACCGCGACAAGAUCAAACCCAGUUCGCCACACAUCUCGUACAAUUUAACCAACUUAACACCCUUUACCGACUACAAAAUCUGGGUAAAGGCUUUCACAAGAAAUCACGAGGGUGAACCGUCAGAUCCCAUUUUUAACACGACAGACAUCAGCGGCCCAAGUCCUCCAAGAAUAUUGAAUUUGACAUGCCAAACCCAAGACACGAUAUUUUUCCAGUGGGCUAGACCACAACGCUUUUAUUAUUCAAUUGAUUUUUAUUAUAUUUACAUCAGCUUAAAUAACCGCCUUUGGAAAAAUAUCACGUUAGAAGCGUCAAAGGACCAUUUGGAGACUUCGUACUCCAUCGAAAACGUGACCACCAACAUCGAGUACCAGGUCCGGGUGCAGGCUUCCAGCCGCAGUAACCGGACCCGGCGAAUCAUCAAGGGCCCCUUAUCCGAACCGAAACCAGUAUUCAUGCGCUUAGAUUGCGACAAAAUGCAAGAGUACAUGCGGCACACUACGCACGAGCUAAGUGCCGGCGUGUUGGCCGGUGUCAUUUGCGCCAGCUUUGCAUUUUUGUUGGCGGUAUCAGCUUUUAUUCUCUGGAGAAAAUGUUUUCGCGUCUCGUAUUAUUACUUAGACGACCCGCCGUGUUCGGUACCGACGGCUUCGCUGGACUGGAAUGCGCCCCCUGAAGGCAACAGCGAGCACAAGGGCGCCAUACUGGUGCACAUGUUCCCGAAGCAUGUGGCGGAGCUGCACGCUGACGGGGAUAUCGGGUUCAGCAAGGAGUACGAGGCGAUACAGGCGGAGGCCACCACAGAUGAACACACCUCGGAACACUCGCAGCAUCCCGAUAAUCGCGUCAAGAACAGAUAUCUUAACAUCAUUGCUUAUGAUCACAGUAGAGUGCAGUUGCUGCAGAUGCCGGGCCAGAAGAAGAAUAUUGAUUAUAUUAACGCGAAUUAUAUUGAUGGGUUUCAAUGGUCCAAGGCUUACAUUGGCACUCAGGGCCCUCUUCCGUCUACGUUCGAUUGUUUCUGGAGAAUGGUGUGGGAGCAGAGGGUUAAUAUCAUCGUCAUGAUUACGAAUCUAGUGGAGCGAGGCAGAUUUAUUACUUUGCAGAGGAAAUGUGAUAUGUAUUGGCCCAAAGAAGGCACAGAAACGUAUGGUGUUAUCCAAGUUAAACUAGUCAAAGAAGACAUUAUGGCAACAUACACAGUGAGAACUUUGCAGAUACGGCAUCUUAGGAUUAAGAAAAAGAAAGCAGCAAUGGCGGAAAAAUUGGUUUACCAGUAUCAUUAUACUAAUUGGCCUGACCACGGAACACCCGAUCAUCCACUCCCAGUAUUACACUUUGUCAAAAAGUCGGCAGCAGCUAAUCCUCCUGAUGCAGGACCAAUCAUAGUUCAUUGCAGUGCUGGUGUCGGUAGGACCGGUACAUACAUAGUUUUAGAUGCUAUGCUCAGACAAAUCCGCAGCCGUGGUGAAGUCAAUAUUUUCGGUUUCUUACGUCACAUUCGCUCCCAAAGAAAUUUCUUGGUACAGACUGAAGAACAAUACAUAUUCAUUCAUGAUGCAUUACUUGAAGCUAUAGAGUCAGGAGAAACUAACAUUAGUCGCGAACAAUUCCCUCGUUACGUUCAGAUGCUGCAGAACCUAGACACCGAAGAAAAGAGCGAGCUUUGGAAGUCUGUUGAAAUUCAAUUCAAACUGGUCACGAGUUUCCAAUGUAAAGACUUCAAUCUCGUUUCGGCAAAUAAAGUGAUAAAUCAGCCAAAGAAUAGAACAGCUAAUAUAUUGCCGGUGGAAAGUUCCCGUGUACAUUUAACUCCCAAGCCGGGAGAGGAUGGAUCCGAUUAUAUCAACGCCACCUGGAUACAAGGUUUCCACAGCUUACGCGAGUACAUCAUCACACAACACCCUCUGAAAACUACCAUUAAAGACUUCUGGCAGAUGGUCUGGGACCAUAACGCACAAACCAUUGUGAUGCUUAGCAUUAUCGAUAAUCAAGAAUUUGAGGUCUUCUGGCCAAUGGAUCAAGAAACUGUCGAUGCCGAAUCUUACAAAGUCAAAUUAGUUAACGAACAAGCUCAGUCAACCUACGUCACUAGAGACUUCACCAUGCAGUCACUCCAAGACGACUACGAAAUUCCAGUCAAGAUGAUCCAUUGCACCAACUGGCCGCAGCAUUGUUGCAGUAUUGCCGAAAUCUACCAUCUACCAAACACCGUUCUGGAUAUGGGCAUCCAAAAUGGACCUAUCGUUGUCGUCGACAAAUUCGGAGGCACAGAGGCCGCUUCCUUCUGUGUGUUGACGACAUUGAAGAAGCAUCUGAUGUACGACAACCACGUGGAUGUGUACAUGUACGCAAAACUCUACCAUAACAAAAGACCGGGAAUUUGGAGUUCCUGCGAUGACUACCUGAGGUUGCAUUUGGCCGUUCAGACGCUUUGCAGUCCGCCAGAGGGCACUCCCGACCUGUAUGCAAUGACAAACGGGGCGGUGAAUGGAUCGUUGUCGAAUGACUGUGUUCGAGUACCUCCUGAAGGUAUGGAAGCAGUGGGGCCGCGGCUCACCGUUGCUUAAGUUGCAGUUAUAGUAAGCCCCUUUAAUAUCCCAGGAUGUUACGAAGUGUAAAUGAUUUCAUUUGAGUUACAUUGUUGCAUAUUUCAUUAUUAAGUGGACAAUAGUGCUUCAAAUGGAAAAGGUACUAAUUGAUGUUGAUAGAGGCCAAGUGAAAUGUGAUGCACUAUACAGAAUUUCGUUUGUUACAAUAAUUUGUCUCCUCCCAUAGACUCAAGAUGUAUAAAAAUGUAGUUAUGUGUAAAAAAGAUCUGCGUGAAUAUGAAUCAGAUAUUUAUAUAAUAUGUGCAGUGUAGAAUAAUUCAGUAUUUAUGUAAGUGUAUAGACUUAGUUUUUGUAUGAUAUUGAUUUAUAACAAGAGUACAUCGAUCAUAAACAUUUUGACUUGUUCUGGACCAAUUUAGUGGAUAAAUAUAAACUUCUGGUCCUUCAAGACAUGACUGCUCACAAGGUCCUGCAGGGUGUCUACUGACCUUGGCAUGGCACUUCUCGUUUUAUACUGUAGCCAAUCAGCUUAUCAAAUAGAAUAGUAUCCGUCCACCAGGCGAUCUUAACACUCAACCCAAAUCAAUAGACACCUUUCAAGACAAUAUAUCAUGUCCAAAGCAUAUACUGGAUGGCUGAUGAGCUCUUUCAUUUGUGAUUUUACUGAAUGUCGUUGAUUAAACAUCAACUUGUUAAAUAUCUCCACUUCUAUUUUUGAUUGUUCGUCGUCGUAGCACAAGUUGAUGUUCAAUUCUACUCUUAACUAUCAAAACGGAGUGUCAGUGUUUACAUCAUUUUUAAACAAACAUAAAUUUUAUUUUUAACUGUGUAAGUCUGUAUAGUCCUAAUGAUCAAAGUGUAGUACUCUUUAAAAGUUUUUCAUCACCUUGUGUAUGUUGCAUUAUAUUUGUGUUAAAUAAAAGAAUUUUUAAUAA